UGGGAGAUGUACAUUUGGUUGCUCAAUCUUAUCCAGAUAACACUGUCAAGUAUUUCAUUGAAAAAUUGAAAGAUCAUCUUGCAACCAGCAAUGAUGAUGAACAGAGUAUAUUUGGAUCAUUGCCAGAAGUUAUGCAGUGCGUAAUCAGCAAUACUCAUAUAGUAUUUCUACUUACGAAUGGCAGAAUUUGUCGCUACAAAUACACAGUCAAGACAGAGGCAAGUUCUGGCAAUGCCAGCAAGUUUACAUCGACAGCAGAGUUGGAAGGGAGAAGCUCUAAGGCUCAGAAGAAAGAUUCAGACAGUUGGGAUGCUGCACCAGACAACAUACUUCCCAGUAUGAGGACACUUAGGAGGCUGUUUUCUCAAAGGCGGGGAAGGAGAGGGACGUUAGUGCGUGGCCGGACACCAGCCGGCAGGUCAUGGUUAGCCUUCAGACCAACUGUCCCUGCUUCAGAGGUUCCAGAAGAGUCUAUACAACAGUGCCAAAUGGUACUGCAGGGUAAAUCACGAGCUGCCAUAAUAAAGGAGCUGCAGAGAACAGGGUUGGAUAUCAAUGAAGCAGUUAACAACUUGCUGAGUAGAGAUGAUGAUGAUGGGGAGGAGGAAGGGAGUGACUCCCUCGUUGUGUCAGGAGAUGAUGUAGUAUCCUGGUUUGACAGUGGAGUUGAAGACGGUAUAGACCUGGAUUUCCUCUACCCUGACAGUGAGACGGUAGCUAUAAACUUCCCACAGUUGCGCAACUCUUCAUCUAGUUCGAGCUCCACUACAACCUCUUCUACCAGAAAUAUUCUUCUCAACAGAAGAUCUACUGACUCUACUCCUUCAUCUUCUACCACUACUGCUGAGGGGGUUACUCGGCCAGCAACAAGUAGAGGGAUCCCCUCUGUCUCCACCUCCAGCUGGGACACCUUUUCCUCACUCCUCCGUGACAGAAGAUCCCUAACGGAGCGCAUAUCUGACAGACGCGCUUCCUCUCAACCCGGCACUUCUUCCAGCACUGCCGAUAAGCCGGAUACCUGGUCAGUAGUAUCGGACCAGAAAGAAGAGUCUCGCACUACAGAUGUGAUCUGCGAGGAAGUAGAGUGGUACCCUAGUGACCUGUAUUUCACACACAUGGGGGCUAUGUACUCCUUCCUGCUGGCUCUAGACAGGGACGGCAAGUUACAUCGCUGGAGUUGGGAUAGUGAACCUGUUCAUUCCGAUCAACCAGGAGACAUGAUAACAGAAGACCCACCCCUCUACACCCCUCCCCUCCCCGACCUAAACCUCUCCGACAAGAGAAUAUCCCACCUUGCUGUAUCACUGUCUCGCACUACUAUUCUCACUGAGGAUAACCAAAUGGCAGUACUUGUGGAUCCUGAACUGGACAAGAUAGCUAACUUGAUACAGAUGCCAUGCAGGGAGUUCCCAGAGUUACGUAAUACUCAAAUCAGUUCUAUGGUAUCUACUGACUUCUUUACUGUGCUAUCUACUAAACAGGGGCAGCUCUACUGGUUUGGGAACUACCCGGUGAGAAGUGAGACAAAAGACAAGAGUGGAGUAAGUAAGAGCAAGACUAAAGCAAGUACUAGUACUCCCAGUGCUUCCGGUAGUGCCCAGAAACCGACUAAACAGAUAGUGGUGGGGAGCAAGGUAUCACUAAAUAGACGACCCCUGUACCACAUCGGAGCACACGGUUACUGUGUGAGGAAGGGAACACCCUGUGUCGGGGUCCUAUUGGAGGACUUGUGGGAAGGCAACAAGGAAGCUAGGUUCGAGGUGAUGAGCGGCAGAGAGGAAUGGGGUAGUGAGGUUACUUGGAACUUGCAGUCUUGUGUUAUAGUUCAGGAUAACGGACCCCCUGUGCACGAGGUAGUUAAGAUAGACGGUAAGUUCGCUGCUGUUAUACCCGCCAACUCUACUGGAGACGGAGCUGACCCUGCUGACCUCAUUAAGAAUUGCAGGUUACUGAGAAUAGAGGAUAUCCAUUGUGUUGAGGACGCCAGAGUGCCCUCCUCAACAGGAGAGAGGAUCGGCCACGUGACCCUCAAUAAACUAGACGUACCAAACACACUAUCUGCUUUCACCGCUUCAAACAGAGGCAUACAGGCGAUGGUACAGGGGUCACAGAGUAUAAAGCUAGUACAUUACACCCUCCCCAGCUGUAAGCCCCACUCUCCCGCCCUCUUUCCGCAAGACUCCUUCCAGUAUCUCAACAGAAAACCUGUCAAACUUUACUCAUUACACACUGAGAACAAGGGUGACUUCCUGAUACUAGAGGACCACAACAGAGCAGUAGUUCCACUAGCGUACGAUGAGGUAGGAGGUAUCAAGAACAUCUCCUGGAAUAAUCUACCACCUGUAAAGGUGUCCGCGUUCGGAUCCCACUACGGAGCUAGCCAUGAGGUUUCCAUGAUGGUGCUGGUGACUCAGAGAACAUAUCUCAUACCCCGGAUAAGAAGUAUGAAUGUUGCUGCAGUUAUGGUGCUACUCAAUGAGCUUCCCAACGCUCCAGAUAAGAGUAUACUGCUGGAAACAGUAGGGUGUAGCCACAAUAUCCUGCACGUUGCGGUGACUACCUGCAUACCAAGCAGCGACAAGCACGGUAAACCAGACACAAGCAGUGAACCACAGAGACCAGCCUCCGUUAUAGGGGACCAAGGUGGUUUUGCGUCACCUUCGUUCUCUCUGCGGGAUAUGAUGCAGCGUGCAGUAUUCUAUCCUGUAGGGGUCACUAACUCUGAAGGGACUGCCUCUCCUGACACCUGGUCAGGACUACCACAGGAAGGUUCUCCCAAACUUGGCAAGAAGGGCUCAGUGGCUAACAAUAAGGGGCUGUAUAUCCUGACUUUACUGCUGAGGAAUGUUGAUGUUAAGCCCUACCUACACUCCUUGCUGAAACACAGGGACGCUAACGGAUACACUCCCUUCAUGUACGCUGUCAGAAACAGGGCCUACCCAGCUGCCUUCGCUAUUUACGAUUGUUGUUACGAUAUAGUGUACAACGACAUCUCCACACCUGACACACGGUCCGAGACUGAGAAACGCCGGGAGCUAGAAGAACUGUUGUGUCCUAGUGACUCUACUCCAAUAUCUCAACCUUUAUACAUGCUGUGUGAUAACGAUAAUUGCAGCUUCACCUGGACUGGCAAACAUCACAUCACACAGGAUAUCUACGAGUGCAGAACGUGUGGUCUAAUGGAGAUAUACUGUUGUUGUAGUGAGUGUGCUAAAGUCUGUCACGCUGGCCACGAUUGCAAGUUAAAGACCCUGUCACACACAGCCUAUUGUGAUUGUUGGGUGAAGGGUCCGUGUUGCGCGCUCGUUGCCGGGGACCAGGAGGUCAGAAUGAGUUUAUUCAAACAGCUUCUUAAAGACACCAACUUCUCAGAGCUUCACAAUGACAAAGGAGAGCCGCUCCUGUUUACGCUAGUACAAACUGUUAUCCGACAAGUGCGUGAACUCCGUAAAGCACAGUCAGCGCAGAGCUUCAGAGCACGUGAGUCACGCCGUGACACGGCUGCGCCCCCAACUAACCUGGACCCUCCCAAGUUCUGUAACGAGGCACUGAAGAUAGUGCUGGCUGACUACAAGGCUGUGAAGGCUAUGUUAAUUGAGGGGUGUUCUGAGAAACACAAGGGACAUUACAACAGGAAUGUGACGGUAUUAAGUUCGGAGGAGCAGAAACAGUGUCUGAUAAAGCAGAGCGGUACAGCUAAACUAGACUGCUUUACCUACUACCUCGUCACCAAGUGCACUGCUGAAAUGCUUCAGAUUCUGAUAAACACACUGAAGUCGUGCUCCACGCGGGAUAAGGAAGCUACCCUGCUCACUGAGCGGUUUGUAAGAAGUGUCAUCAGGGUCUUCAUAGCCCUCUCCCUCCAAGUCGCUUCUCCUGCUAAGAAAAAGAGCACCCAGUUCCCCAGUUCCAAGUGUGACCAAGUGUUCAGGUCACUGCCCCACGUUAGUAUCAGACUGCUUGCGGAGUCUGCUAACGCUAUUAUCACUCCCGUCCGGUUUGGUAUCUCCAGACCAUGUGCCCUAAUACCUCAAGUUAACACUACCAAGGAGGCUAUUGAAAAUAGCACUGAGUUCUUCUCAAUCCCACACCCUCAGAGACGUGAAGGGAAGAAGUCUCGGAGGAGAGUGGACUCGUCCCGACAGGUGGAGGAAGAGGAGAGCGAGAGUGAAGAUAACUACAGUGACAGUGUCGGGUCUGAAGACGACUACAUCGUGGGGGCCACUACAGACACCUCAGAUGACAGUAACGUGGAAGUAGAGGAAGGAGACAUUAUGAACCUUGAUUUCAUGACGUCACGCCGACAGAGGAUCCCGGCCUCCUCCUCCUCCUCCACCGCCAUGACUAGUGUUCCACAGGCAAUGCAGUGGGUGAUCAGACAAAUGCAGCCGACCCCAGCCGCUUCCAACAACAAGUCAGAGUCCACCACAAACACCAACACUAUGUUAGCCAGCCUGUUUCACUCUCUCAUUCACGAGAUGAGCAACGUGUUGAGCCACUACGAACAAGACAGCGUUAAAGAUAGUCCUAGCGUCAACGAUAUCCUACACCAAGUUACUAAGGAGUUAGGAUCAGUGUGGAUGUGGAUCGCCACUCUGCUGGAUCAGACAGAAUCCCAGCUGAAGUUUGGAGCAAGUUUAGCCACCACUUCAGACCUCAGUCACCUUCCCAGCUCCGACCUUGCUCAUCUUCCUCGCGGGAGCUCGUCACAAGGAGCGAGCACAAGUAGAGAAGAAGAAGGAGGAGGAGGAGGGGGAGGAGGGGGAGGAGGACGGGUUCAAAUGAAGAGAAGAAACGGAAUUGGAGGUACACGUGCUCUCAUGGCAACAGCUAAAGACUCCUCCAAAGUGAAAUCUCGGAGGGACGCCAUCGGUUAUGUGUUAUCUUUAGUGCGUGGCUACAGUAACGAACAUAGAGAUAUGUUACCAAGCAUUGACCUGGCAAGUCUGAAGUUUGCCGCCAACAUAUUUGAUUCCUUGGUUUACUACCUCAGGAACGCCUUCCAGCCAACCCCUAUCUUGGGCCCACUUGACGACAUAAUUCCGAUAGAGGAGUAUGAUGAUGAUACCCAAGAAGCUUCCUUUUUUGCUGAGUCCUUGUUUGAUAGUGAUGACGAGAGUGUUGAUCAGUUCACAAGUGGAGGGAAGCGACACAGUUUCUUCAAGAGAAGCAACUCUACCACCUUCCUAGGCUGCCCUGCCCCGGACCCUUUCUCCACCCCUCUCUCUGAAGCUCUGCCCCUGGCUGAUAAACCCCACCUGCUCACCUCCACCGCUAGAAAGGAGGACCUGUUCGGAGCCCCUGUCUCCCACUUCAACCUGCCUGGUAUCUCCUCCUACUCCCAGCCUUGCCCUGUACUCACUAACUUACAGGCUGUUAUUCCUGGCCUCCAGCCUUAUAAUAACAACUUUUUAAACCCAAUACUCCCUUACAUCCCCCACUCAGACUCACCAUACGAGUACAGUUCUAUUAACGGGCCUGCUUGUGUAGAUAACCUGAUAGGCAGGUGGAGGCUCUGUACUGAACUGUUUGGCAGGAUAUUCGUGGAGGAGCUGGGCUCAGACAAGGACUCCGUGCUAGCUGAGCUAGGAGGGUUUGAGGUAAAAGAGGCCAGGUUUAGACGGGAGAUGGAGAAACUGAAGUCGUCCCAACAGCGGGACAUUUCUCUAGAAGUGGACCGGGAGCAAGGUCUCCUCCUCCCCCAGGCUCUCACUCAGAUGAACAGUGUGUAUGAGAAGAGACAAGUUACAGCAGGGUUCAAGUGUCCUGCUCUGGCAGUUCAUCGUGUAAAGGUGUCCUUUAAGGACGAGCCAGGGGAGGGUAACGGUAUUGCGAAGAGUUUCUACACUGCAAUCUGUAAAGCUGUGCUAUCCAACGAGGACCUACCCUCUUUAGCUAACAUUUUACCUAAACGUGACGGCAAGAAGAUAAAAGAUAGGAAAGAUAAGAAGGAGGAUGAGAAGAAGUCGAGGACCACGAAGAUAAUCAGUACUGGAACUAAAGACAACAAAAAACAGCUGAACAGUGAAGCACGGGAGUUUAUUCCAAGUCACCUACUUGAGGAGAGUGACAGCAGAUCCCUGAUACCACACAAGCAAACCCUGGGUGACCGGUUAUACCCCCGCGUCUCCAAGUACUUCCCAACCCACGCCGCUAAAAUAACCGGCAUGCUACUGGAACUGUCUGCAGCGCAGAUGCUCUUGCUGCUGGCUAACGAGAGCUCACUAAAACACUUUGUAGAUGAAGCUUACAAAGUGAUCCUGGCUAAUGGUGGGGAGGCUGAGCCUAUGGAAACCUCACUACCUCACUCAGAACCUCAACCUGAGGAGGAUUCAGACCUAUCCCCGCUGUUCUUCCAGCCAGACAAAGCCGGGUUCUACUCCCCCCGCACAGCCCAUAACUCCCCGGAGAGGAUUAACUGUUACCGGAAUAUCGGCAGGUUUAUCGGCCUCUGUCUCCUCCACAACCACAUCCUCCCCCUCCCCAUGUGCCGACACGUUCUUAAGGUUAUCAUAGGUAAGAAGAUCAGCUGGCACGACCUGGCUUUCUUCGACAGUGUCCUGUACGAGAACCUGAGACAGCUGGUGAUAGACGCGGAGCAGAACCCUGGUCAGAUUGAGAAGUACGAGCUGACAUUUGAGUUGGAGGGAGAGAGUGGUAGAGGGGCUAUAGAGCUGAUACCUAACGGAGCUACUGUCCCAGUAACAGCAGCUAAUGUGUAUGAUUACGUGAGACUUUACACCAGACAGAAGUUAAUAGGGUCAGCUAGGCCCGCUCUGAGGGCUAUUAACGAGGGUGUGUCGGAUGUUAUCCCCCGGAGCUCCCUAGGUGGGCUCACUGCUGAGGAUCUGAGGUUGAUGCUAAACGGGAGCGGGGAGAUCAGUGUGGAGCUGCUGAAACAGAUAACGCAGUUUAACAAUGAAGCAGGCCCUAAUGAGCCCCAGGAGAAGAUAACCAAGUUUAAGAAGUGGUUCUGGAGUCUGGUGGAGAGAAUGAGUGUAGCGGAGAAACAGGAGCUAGUCUACUUCUGGACUAGUUCCCCCGCACUACCAGCCACGGAGGAAGGGUUCCAGCCCGUCCCCUCGAUUACCAUCAGGCCCGUCUCUGAUAAUCAGCUCCCAACUGCUAACACCUGUAUUUCCCGUCUCUAUAUCCCUCUAUACUCUUCUAAAUCCGCUCUCAAGACUAAGCUACUGAUCGCCAUCAAAACUGUAGGCUUUGGAUUUGUAUAGAGUCCCCUCAUCUCAUACCCACUACAGGAUUACUGCUCAUUGACAGCUGACAGCUCCUUAUAUGGGCAUCACGUGACAGCUCUUUGAUUGGGACUAUUUUUACUGGUUUGAUAGUACGUUUUGUGCGCUAAAACUAUUUUUACAAUGAUCUUUUCUGGAAAUGUGACAUGUAAUAUUGGGCCGUAUCGGGAGACUUAUCAACGUUGGUACGUUCUGAUUCUUUUUGAAUUUACCAUUACAAGGUUUGUUCUAUUAUAAAUUUUCAUAGCUCAGAAAUCAAAGAUGUAUAUCAUUUAACCAGGAUGGAACACAUUCCAAAUUUAAUAAUCUUUACAUUUUAUUGUUAGCUGCAAAACAUGAUUUAAAUGA